GGCACAGAGUGAACAUGCAAAACCCGCACAGAAAGUCCCCGGUUCGGCUCGGGCUCGAACCUGAGACCUUCUUGCUGUGAGGCACUAACCGGUGUUCCGCCCCACAGGCAGAGAAUGAAACUGAAAUGUAUACGUUGUUCUAUUUCCUCCAUCAUCAACGUAGCAGAGUUGAAGCUCACACUUCCUAAACCACAUUGUCUCCUUUGAAAAAAACUUAACUUUACGGAAAGUGUCAUCUUCCAAAGCAGGUUACCUGCGGACAGUGGAGCCGUUCUGCAGGAUGUCAGGGAUGAUAGCCAGCACAACAAACUACCUGUGGUCUUUACAUGAUGUCCUCGGCCAAGGCGCCACCGCCAAUGUAUUCAAAGCACGUAACAAGAGGACAGGUGAGCUGGUAGCUGUCAAGGUAUUUAAUUUACUGAGCUACAACCGCCCUCAUGAGGUCCAGAUGAGAGAGUUUGACAUGCUGAGGAAGCUCAACCACAGCAACAUUGUCAGGCUUUUUGCAGUGGAAGAGCUUCCCACUAAACAGAAGGUGCUGGUGAUGGAGUAUUGUUCAGGAGGAAGUCUGCACAGCCUUCUAGAGGAGCCAGAAAAUGCCUUUGGUCUUCCUGAAACAGAGUUCCUCACCGUAUUGCAGUGUGUAGUGCAGGGUAUGAACCACCUGCGGGAAAACGGAGUGGUACACCGGGACAUUAAGCCAGGCAACAUCAUGCGGCAGGUUUGGGAAGACGGCAAGUCCAUUUAUAAGCUGACUGACUUUGGAGCAGCAAGAGAGCUGGAGGAUGAUGAGAAGUUUGUUUCUCUCUAUGGAACUGAAGAGUAUCUGCACCCAGACAUGUAUGAGCGUGCUGUGCUGCGUAAGGGUCAUCUGAAAUCCUAUGGAGUGAAUGUGGACCUGUGGAGUAUUGGGGUGACAUUUUACCAUGCUGCCACUGGGUGUCUUCCCUUCACACCAUUUGAAGGACCCCGCAAGAACAAAACCACCAUGUACAAAAUAACUACAGAGAAACCUAUGGGGGCAAUAGCUGGAAUACAGCGGGUGGAGGGUGGUCCAAUAGAGUGGAGCUACCACCUACCUCACAGCUGCCAGUUGUCACAGGGGCUACGGGUGCAGCUGGUUCCAGUUUUAGCAGGUAUACUGGAGGCUGACCAGGAGAGGUCCUGGGGUUUUGAUCAGUUCUUCACAGCCACUACAGACAUACUGCAGCGACAGCCAGUGUACCUCUUCUCUCUGCAGCAGGCCAUGGCCCACUGUAUUUACAUACAUCACUACAACACGGUGUCAGUCUUCUUUGAGGAAGUGGCAUCUCAGACUGGUAUAGGUGUUCAGCAGCAACAUCUACUGUAUCUGGGGCAUGACCUUCCUCUAGAGGGCAACAUGAAGGUGGUCAAUCUCCCACCUACUUCACCUGCCCAGCCCCUCAUUCUGCUCAACUAUCGGCCUGAAGCAAACACCAGCUUCCCUUUCAAAGAACCAGAGACUCCUAUCAUCCCAUCCAAGUUUGACGUGAUGGCAGACUACAAUUUCACCAAGGUAAUAGCAGGAGUGGUGCACCAGUAUCUGAGGAUAGUACAGUUGCUGCACAUGCACCGAGAGCUGCUACUGCAAGGAUACUAUAGUUACAUGAUGGAGUUGCGCAGGGAGUGUGGAGAAGCCAUGCAUGGUAUUAUGUUGAUAACCAUUAGGCUGCAAUCUUGCCUUAACCUAGGGCACAGGAUCCACGCACUAGGCCAUUGCACUUCAGAGAACCAAGGCUCAGCUGAUAACAGUCAAAAGCUGCAGCUGGUCCGUGAGCACCUACCUGUAUAUACUGCAGGCAUCCAAGAGUUUCAGAGCCGACUGGACCACCUCCAGAUAGAACAGGCCAAGCUAGCAGAGAUCCUGGCUGAUGACAAGAGCUGUCAGAAGAUGGAGAUGCUGCUGCAGAAGAUAACAGCAAUUCAUCAGCAAUAUCGCAAAGACAGACAUACCGGCAAGUUGGCAUAUAAUGACGAACAAAUCCACAAGUUUGAGAAAAUUCACCUGUCAUCCCACAUUAAGCGAGUGAAAUCCCUCUUCAGAGAGGACUGCCUGCAGAGAUACAAAGAGCUUUUGGCCUCAACCAGAACAUGGAGCAGUGUCUUACUGGAGAUGCAUACCCGACUGCAGGACUUCAGCUCUUUCUCCACAGGCUUGUUGGCCGAACUGGAGAUGAAUGAGCAACGUCAGAAUAAGGCUCUGGACAGAAUCAUUUUCACUCCACAGACCAACAGAGCAGGACAACAGCCUGAAAUCACACCUAAGGACAAGGACCACAUGGUCUCCAGGAUGCACCAUCUGAAGGAUGAAAUGGAGAUUUUGGUGAGGGAACUACAGUGUAACAACAGCAUUAUAGAGAGUUUGGGAGCAGUGAACUCUGCAGCAGCUCUGGAGCCAAGUCUGACCAGACCGUCUACAUUGUAACAAAUAUGCAGCAUCUUUGCAUCUGAAUUUACAGAUUCACAAGCACUUUCUCUGACGAAUACCACAUUGUAGUUGUCUUUAAUAAGCAGCUAUGGAAGGAUGUCUCAUGUCAUUUAAACCAGGUUUCUUUGGUUCCUCUCUCCUCACAGUUUCUCCUUGUAUCUUACAUAGGUAGGAUUAAGAUGCAAGGAAAAGAUGUAGUUAGUGGAAUUGGGAUUCAUCUCAUGUCUCUGUGUUUGUUAUUAAAGGAAGGGUUAGAGUCAUCUGCUGUUUUUUUUUUUCUUCAGUCAAAUGGUCCCAUGUAACUUCCUUUAUAGUUUUAUCAUUGUGACUGAUUUGUGAUUGGUUACAGUCAGAAUUCCCAAGCACAGUAACAGUGUUAUACUUUUGAAGUUGCAUUUGUCUCUGUUCCUGUUAAUGUUUAACUGUAAUAAUAAGUUAUUUCUCUAUUUUAUCAUUGGUUUCUCUGUAAAAGAGAAGAAAAAUCAGGGAAACUCAGCACUCACCACAGUAUGUCCUUUUUAACAGAACUACAUGUGGCUAACAUUUACACUGUGGUUCACAGUGUGGGGAAAUCCCAGGGUUUGGUAUUUGUUAGUAAAUGGAUUACACGUGAUGCAUGAGGUUUAAGGAUUGGUAAAAUGUACUUUACUUAUACUGUACUAUAAAUCUUUGUUAUCAACAUUUUUAAUCUAUUGUUUGUUUUGUCUCAAAUGAUGAAGUAAUAGUAGGCUGAAAAGUGUAAGUAAAAAACAUCUUAUGUCUGUUCUUGUCAGUUUACAGUAGGAACGUACCUCUGCAGUGUAUGAGGAUGACUCACUGUGAUCUGAAAAGUCACUGAGGACACAAAUGACUGUGAUAAUAGUACACUCUUAUAGUCAGUCUUUCUCAAAGUACUUUAACAUUAAAA